AUGUUAUAUCCUAGUAGUUAUGAGGUUGGCUCUUAUUCAGAUGGAGUUAGAUGUACAAAAGUAAAGGAAAUUAAUAGGUAUUAUAUUUAUGGAGGAAAGCAAUUAUAUAUGGUGUUGUGUGUGUUACUUUUGAUAAACUUAGUUGAUGUGUUGCAUGUAAAGAUGGAUUAUAAGCAGAAUCAUUGUUGUGAUGUUUGUUAUAAGACACAUUCUACAUGUGAUAACAGUACUUUGUGUGUAAGUUGUCAGGAUGAAUUAACUCAAUAUAAUAGAGGAUUUUGUAGAGGAUUUGAUCCACAAUGUGCAGAAAGUUGUAAAUAA